GUUCCUGAUAAAUCCGUCAGUGUUUGUUCGUGACGAGUGUGAAGCACACGUUUACUAAAUUAUACGAUUGACAGUUUAUUUAUCGAAAUUUACCGUGUCUGGUCCAGGGAUUCUGGAAACAUGGAUGACGCAAAGACUGAUGAACACAUUGUGAUGACACCGAAAUGCAAGACUGCUAAUUCAACGACGUUGAUUAUCGAGAGACAGAAGGUGGAUCGUCUUCCUGAGAAGACUCAGGGAGACGUCCAUGUGGCAGGAGGCGAUCACAAGGGCAUUGUCAUCAAUAAACAUGCAGCUGCAGCGAAUGGGAUGUCGAGGCCUGCCCAACUCGGUCUCGAAUUUCGAGUCUUUCUGGUCAGUGCACAGACCAAGAAACAUACCCAGGAGUCCAGGAGACUCCAGUUCUGGUUUGUUAAUUCAUUAGCCGAGGUCGAACAGCCUCAUGUGGCACAGGAAUUUUUCAGGGAGCUAGUGAGUCCUCAGGAGUUUCCCAGAGAUUACGUCGGCUUCAUCAAGAAAAUAAUGAAACUGAUGCAGCACAAGUAUCCAAACAUAAAGAAACUGGAGGUAGAGCUCAAACAGCUGGAGGAACCGAUCACUUUACCAACCAGACCAUCUCGAAGUGGCAACUGUCUGUACACUCUACCAAGAAAGAAAAGUGUUCGGAUAUCAGUGUCCAUUGAUGAGACAGUCAUUGGACAGACAGUAGAAUUGACGUCUGAGAAGGUAUUGGAGCUGAUAGAAUCCGCCUACCCGAAUCCAGUUAAUGUGGAGGACAUGGCAAAGGAGUACAAUUGGGAGCCUGAUGCGGUGAAUGGCAUAAUGCUGGCCCUUGAGAAGAAGGGAGUGGUGAAGGCUAUGGGUCUUGGCGCUUUUACGAGAGUCGCUCAUCAAGACACUCAAAUCAAGGUCGUAAAACAAAUGCCAACGAUGGCAAGUGCCAAACAGCCAACAAUAGCUAUAAUCACAGCUCAAUACUGCGAAAAACUGGCUGUGGACUCGAUGAUUGAAAAUAAAGAGACCUUUGUGCGCUACACAACUGUUGGUACUUCAAGCUCACCAGACUCCGUCGAUGGGGGUAUUCCGAAAGUCAUUUGCCGAUUUGGUGAAUCGAAUGUGUACACUCUCGGCAACAUCGGUGCCCAUAGAAUAGUCUGCACAAAGCUCCCGACAGUUGGACACACGAGAGAAGCAAUGACAGCAGCUGGGAACACAACAACUCGUCUGCUAGGCACGUUUCAAAAAGUCGACUAUGUAUUUCUGGUUGGAGUGGGAGGGGGAGUGCCCCAUUAUACUGACUACAAUAAGCACGUGAGACUUGGUGAUGUAGUUGUCUCCCACCCAACUCCACUGAACAACAAAUACGUAUAUAUUUACUGCGAAGGGGCCAAAUCAAAUGAGGAUGGGAGUUAUCACUUCGACACAAAGGAAUAUUGUCCAUCGAAUCUGGGGAUUCAGGAGAUAUCCCAGACCCUGAAGAGCCAGGCAGAUGAGGAAUCCAGUCCUCCCUGGAGGAAUUAUCUCAAAGAGGGCCUGGAGAAUCUCGGAAAUCUCCAAUCUCAGCACGACUUCCAGAGGCCCCCUGACGAAUCCGAUAAACUGUACAUGGCCAUUGGUGAGAGGGAUAUCAUUGAGGUAGAGCACCCUGCAGCACCUCAGGACAGAGCCAAGAGGACCAAUUGUCCCAAAAUUCAUCUGGCACCUGUGGCCUCGGGGCGAAUAGUCUCUCGCGACGAUCAACUCAGACAGAUUUUCGCCUCGCGGUUUGGCUGUCUAGCUUUUGAUGCUGAGAUGGAUGCAGUCGUGGAGAGCAUUCUUGGCAACUGCAGGGACAGCUUUGCUGUUGUCAGGGGUAUCGCUGACUAUAAGGAUGGAGCCAGGGGGAAAGAGUGGCAGCCAUACGCUGCCCUGGCUGCUGCAAGUGUCGUCAAGUCCAUCAUUUGUGCUAUGGAUCCACCUACUAAUGUCUAGAUGUGAGGUGAUGUUUAAUCAAAUGUAUUUCGAGGUAGCUAGUGAUUGGCACAAAGUAUUCGUGAAAUAGUGCGGAGAAGAUUUAAGGGAUCACACCACUUUUUGUUUGAGGUACAGGAAUAUUUUGACAACUAGUUUGGAAUUUUUUUUGCAGCUCCCGAGAUAUUAGUCAUUUAAUUUGCAUUAAAUACGGGUUUUCAUGUGCAGAGUUUAGUCAUUUCAAUUUCCAUAUGAGGUAUUCCACGUCAAAUGAGUCAACGGUUGAGUCUCAUCUUCAAAAUUUGUUGCGAUUUCGUCUAUGAUUAAGGAGCUCGAUAGACGAUCGGAAUAUUUUUUAGUUUGUUCAAUCUGUGACCUGUUGAUGCGUUUGGCAUGGAUUAACUCAUAUAAGGGAUCCGGAGUAAUAUUGCAAACGUAAAUCAAAAAAUAUCCUCACUAAAAUGUUGUAAAACAAUCGUCAAAAUAUUCGAACAAAUAUUUCCGAUAUUAACGUAAAAAUUUAUUUAUCUUCUGAACUGAAUAUUGAACCAAAGUGAACUCAUACGUCAUUUUCAAUAGGAUUAAAUUAAAAAAUGUUCCUGGUGAAUCAGUUUCAGUCUUGAAAUAACCUAAUUUAUAUGUUCUACGGUUAAAAAUGAUAGAGAUACCCUCAACCAAAGGGAGAAAUUAGAAAUAUAUUAUAAAUAACGAAAUAAGCUUUACAGUAGGAUAAAAAAAAUAAUAUAAACAUUUAUGUGCCAGCGUGUUCAAAUAUACGAAAAGUACUGCCAUAAUUCAUGAUAAUCGUUAAAUAUUUCAAACAGUUUAAAAAAAAUAAAAAUGAAGCAUUGAUGAAAAUAAACUAAAUCACAGGGUAGUUUUAAUGAGAGAUAAUUAUGGCGUUUGAAACACCAUUUUAUCCAAGUGGACUUGGAUUCAAAAAGAGAAUAUUAAAUUAAACAAUACAUUAUCCAUUUGUGGCAGAAUUUAGUCGUGACGAUAUUUAUUUAUUUAUUCUCAGCCGCAGUGCGUAAUAUUUAGUCCAUUUAACACUAGACGAAAAUCUAAAAUUGAGGAUCAAAAAUAGAGAAGAGGUCAAAAGUCGUACUGUUAGUGAGUAUUAAAAAAAAUACUAGAGUGAUAUCAGAGAUGAGUUUCCAUUUAGUUAGAUUUACUACGGAUAGUUUCAAUUUAUCCGAUAAAAAGUAGACCUAAUUCUCUGACUACAAUUCUUAACCGCAUGUUGACGCUAGUCACAGUAAAACUGUGUUGCCUCGUACAAUGAAUAAUUUAGUUUAUAUAAUAAGUUACUUUAGGUUUCAUCAAAUGGUGCAGUGUAUGGAGCCAGCCUCUCCCACAGACUUAUUCCGUCUCGCUUUUAUCUAUUAAUCAUAAAAAUGUCUUCCAACGGACCAAUUCAUCAAUAGAAACAAUUUCAUUAUUCAUCAUUUCGUAAUUUUUCACUGCGUUAUGUAACUAUCGUUAAUUGUCACUGAAUUCUAAACACGAAUAGAAGAAAAAUAAAAAAAUCCGUACCAUGAGA